AUGAAGAGUUAUUACCGGCAGAAGAAAACCACCGCCACAAAGAAAUCUUCCAGAAAAACACCGGUUAAAGCUUCCACUUUGGCUCCAAUAAAGGCCGAAAUCCAAGAUGAAAAGGAGAAGUUGUUGAGACAAUUCGAUCUGAACAUGGCGUGUGGGCCUUGCGUUGGGAUUACGCGUCUUGAACGGUGGGAGCGUGCUCAGAGUCUCGGUUUGAAUCCUCCACUGGAAAUUGAAAGCCUCUUGAAGAGUGGAAAAGUUCAGAUCAAAUCCUUGUGGGGUACUCGCAUUUAG